CGCAACAAAGUCCUUAUUCAUUUCAAGAUCAAUCAGAUCAAUCACUAACAGAAUUUUCGUCGUCAUCCACAUUAUUUUCAAAUUCUGGACAUAAUGAUAUUGACGCAUCAUUCAAAAGUACAAGCAAUAAAUAUGACGAAAAUACAACUACGGAAUAUUUAAAAGUUGAUAUUGGAAUAUGUACAAUUAAUCAUGUUGGAUCGAUUAAGACUAUCCGAGGAUAUAAACCUAAAGACAUCACACUUCUCUUUCGUUUUAAUCAAGAAACGUUAUCCCUUUGUUCAAAUUCUAUGAAAAAUGAGAUUAUGAUUCCGUUGAACCAAUUAAGAAGCUUCAAAGUAUCAUCAUCAAUGCUUAUAUGUUUUCGACUUGUACCGAAUUUCCAAAAAAGGUAUUUUCGUCAUACGGAUCUAUCAUUAACUAAACCUAAAGAAGUAACUAAGGACCCUACAAAUUUUAAUAUUGAACAUGCUCUUUCGAUGACACUUACACCGCUUAAGGAAGUUCAAGCAGAAACUUUGCAUAUUCUUGAAGCUGGAAUAAAUAGACUUUGGUUUGAAAAAUAUGAAGUCGUUAAUAAAAUAACAUUUAAGCAAAAAUGGCAAAAAUGUCAAUGGACACGAGCAGUAUAUUUUCCGGACAAUGAGAAUUUAUAUCAUUUUGUUGUGUAUCUUAAGGGAAGGUUUAAAUUUCCUAUAACAAGAUUAAAGUAUAGAUCAAGAAAAGGAGAUAUAUGUUUGUUAUCAAAUGAUCAAGAUUGGGAAUUUGCAAAAAAUUCUGCUAUAAAGACGGAAAAUUUUGUGAG